AUGUACGCCUUCUACUCGCUGCUCGUCUACAUCUUCUACACCCUCUUCAAGAAGGAUGCCGCCCAGGAGGAGGAGGAGGAGGAGGAGGAGGAGGAGGGGGCCCAUCUUGGCACGGGCUAGGCGCCGCCGCCUAUCGUGGGGGGGGGGGUUGUAGGCCACAAUGCAUUUGGUGUGGAGCCACCAAGGAGGACCCAGAAGACCUUGAAGCGCAAGGACCUCUGGAAGGAGCUGGCUGAACUGGACAGCAGCUCAGACAGCAACCAAGGCAGCAGCACUGAGGAAGAGGAGGAGCAGGAGGAAGGCCUGGGCUGGGGCAGCUCGGGGGAUGCUCCUACCCCGCUCACGGAGUUCCGGUCCCUCAAGCAAGAGGCCGUGGCGAAGAUGCUCCUCGCAGAGAAAGACUCGCCCAAUGGAAAGCCUCCGGAGUCCCCGCUCCUCUCCGUGAUAUCCCACCUCCUCUCAUUCCUGGAGCAUUACUCCCAGCUGCAGCAGCUGCAGGAGAAGGCGGGCGAGUAUCGGUCCCGCCUACGCAAGGAAGAGAGACGUCGCCACAAACAACUGCGGGGCCUGAAGAGGGCCUACAGGCAGCGGGUGAAGGACAAGCUUAGCUUGAUCGAAAGCCUGGAAGGCAUCAUCUGCGAGCAGCAAGGCCUCCUGGAGAAGAUGCAUGAAGGGGUGAAGCUGCCCUCCACCUGCCUGCUCUACUCUGUGUCCCCGGUGGGCGUGCACCAGCUGGUGGAGUCCAUCACCGCCCUGCAGGGAGAGCGCAGUCGGCUGUCCGAGGAGGUGACGGGCCUCAGGCAGCAGGCGCAUGAGCGGGAGAGCGAGAAGCACCGCCUGGCCGGCAGUUUCCACCAGCAGAUCCAGGCGCUGAAGCAACAGAUCCAAGAGCGAGAGGAGGAGCUCGCGCGGCUUCGCGUCGGCACGGGAGUGACGGACUCAGAGAAGCGGAUCCACAACCUGACGGUGGAAAACGAGGGGCUGAAGCAGAGCCUGAACAUCACCCAAGGCCUCUUGCAGCAGCUGGCCACCGUGUCCGCUCAGCCCCCGGCCCUGCUGGUCAAGGAGAACGAGGACCUGCGCGGCAAAGUGCAGCAGCUGGAGGCCACCCUGCAGCAGAAGGUGGAGGAGCUGAUGGGCCUGGAGGGGCAGAUGGACCGGCUGCAGUGGCGCAAGGAGGAGGAGGUGCAGCACCUGGACGAACGCCUGCGGGGUCUCCAACUCGCCCUGGAGGCCCAGAAGAGCCAGCCUCCGGAAGUGCAGUACAUCACCAAGACGGUGGAAGUGGACGCCCCGCAGACCCUGCAAUCCCUGGAGGAAGCGGAGGCACGGAACCGGGCCCUGACGGAACAGCUCUCCUGGCAGGACGAGCGGUGCCAGCAGCUGACAGAGCAGCUGCACAUCUCUGAGGAGGUGACCGUCGGCCUGAGGCACAAGAUCUCUGCCUACGAGUCCGAGAUCGCUGGGCUGCACCAGGAGCUGCUGUCUGAGAUCAAACAGCUGGAGGCGCGGAAGGAAGAGGCCGUCCGGGAGGCCUCUCAGUGCUCCGAGCAACACCUGCAGCACCUGCGCGAGCAGCUGGCAGGCGUGCAGCAGCGCCUGGGCGCCCUCCAGCCUCUCCUCAGGGGCCUGAAAUCUGACUACGGCAGCCUGCGGGGGCAGGUGCGCAAUUUUGCCGACUGCUACGAAGCUGCACUCAGCGAGGCGAGGCGGCAGAUGCGCUCGGCCAUCAGCGAGGCGUCGCACGCCAACCAUUCGCUGCAGGAGCGUUACCUGCGGGAGAUGCAGCUUCGCAAGAAAUACCACGACCAGCUGUUGGAGUUGAAAGGGAACAUCCGGGUCCUUUGCCGCCUGAAGCCCCUCACCAAGGACGACCAGCAGGAGAAGGAAGGGGGCACCGUGGUGCACGCCGGCCCUGCUGACGACGGCUGCGUGACCGCCUGCUACAAGGGCAAGGAGCGGACCUUCAAGCUGGACAAGGUCUUCCUGCCACAGGCCACCCAGGAGGAGGUCUUCUUGGAGAUUGAGCCCCUGGUCAUGUCCUGCUUGAACGGCUACAACGUUUGCAUCUUUGCCUACGGGCAGACGGGCUCCGGCAAGACCUACACCAUGGAGGGUGUCCCGGAUAACCCCGGGAUCAACCAGCGCGCCUUGGAGGCCCUCUAUCGCGAGAUGGAGGCCAAGGAGGAGGCCUGGAAGUACUCAGUCAGCCUCAGCAUGGUGGAGAUCUACAACGAGGUGAUCAGGGAUCUACUUGCCAAGGAUCCUCAAGAGAAAUUGGAUGUCAAGUUGAACCCGGAUGGGAGCGGCCAACUGCACGUCCCAGGCCUGACCAGCGUGGAGGUGCACAGCCUCCGUGAGAUCAAAAAGAUGCUCUCGAUGGGGAAGCGGAACCGGGUGACCCAUUCCACCCACAUGAACGAGCGCAGCUCCCGCUCACACGCUCUGCUCACGGUCACAAUCACCGGCACCGACCUGGCGGGCAGCACCAAAGUCACAGGGAAGCUGAAUCUGGUGGACCUGGCUGGCUCGGAGCGGGUGUGGAAGUCCGGAGCCCAGGGGGAGCGGCUGAAGGAAGCCCAGAACAUCAACAAGUCCCUGCUGGCCUUGGGGGAGGUGAUCCAGGCGCUGCGGGCCAAGCAGGCCCACGUGCCCUUCCGCAACUCCAAGCUCACCUACCUGCUGCAGGACUCGCUGGGCAAAGGAAGCAAGACCAUCAUGAUGGUGCAGAUUUCCCCGCUGGAGGAGAACAUGGGGGAAUCGGUCUGCUCGCUCAAGUUCGCCCAGCGCGUCUGCAAAGUGGAGCUGGGCCCGGCCGCUCGCCGCAUCGACUCCUCCGCGCAGCACGAGGCUUGAGCCGCCG